UCUCCUCCACUCAAAUUUGCUCUUUCAUUUCCCAUUUUUAUUUGUUUGUUUGGUUUAUUUAAAUUCUCAGCUUCUAUACAAAUCUUUCUCAGUUCUUCUUGAAAUUAGGGUUCCUCUUUCUUUAAGAGGCCUAAAACCCUAAUAUAUCCUUCUCAUUGACUAAAGAGUUAAGCCUACUCUAUCUACUUUGGAAGCAAAUUUCAAAGGUAAGAAAAAACCCUUGAAAGAGGAAGAAAGAUACACUUAAUCGUCAAAGAGCUUAAAGGUUUAAAGGCAGGUAUAAAAAUUCAAAAAGAAAUGGCUUCCUCAUCAUCAAAUACGUACAACUCACCAUGCGCGGCGUGCAAGUUUCUUCGCCGUAAAUGCAUGCCGGGAUGCAUAUUCGCGCCAUAUUUCCCACCGGAGGAGCCACACAAAUUCGCCAACGUCCACAAAAUCUUCGGAGCAAGCAAUGUCACUAAGCUCCUCAACGAGCUACUCCCUCACCAGCGUGAAGACGCAGUCAACUCCUUAGCCUACGAGGCCGAGGCACGAGUCCGUGAUCCUGUCUAUGGCUGUGUCGGAGCCAUCUCUUAUCUCCAGAGACAAGUUCACAGGCUUCAGAAGGAGCUUGACGCGGCUAAUGCUGACUUGGUUCAAUACGGUCUGUCCACGUCAACACCUGGUAACGUCGUCGACUUGGUGUUUCAGCCUCAGCCAUUUCCGCCGCAGCCGUUGAAUCCGGUUUAUAGGCUUUCCGGGGCGAGCCCGGUGAUGACUCAGCAGCCACGUGGUACCGGAGGGUCGUAUGGGACUUUCCUUCCUUGGAACAAUGGUCAUGAUCAGCAAGGAGAUACAUAAUGAAACUGUGGGAAAAAUAACUUUCGAAGUAGUCGUGGGGAAAACAAUAGGAAGAAAUCGAGAAUCCAUCACACCCAUCAAUCAAUCGAUGUCUUUAAAGACGUGAAAAGGAAGCAAACUCUGAGUUUCUGCCUCUCAGCUAAACUACAAAAUCCAACAAGACAUUCUCUUUUACAGUGUACAUUGCGGGUCCUUUGCUACUUCUUACACUCUUACAACUAUAAAUCAGCAGACUAGACUUGUAGUUUCAG